AUGACGCGCUUCGAGCCCGAGUGCAGCGCGGCGAUGCUCGCGUUGGAGGCGAGCUCGCUGUGGCUGCGGGCUCGCGCCCCCGCGCCGCCGCGCGUCGCCAUCAUCUGCGGCUCGGGACUCGGCGGCAUCGCGGACAGGCUGCAGGAGCCGGUGGCCUUCGACUUCGCCGACAUCCCAAACUUCCCCAGCAGCACCGUGGCUGGCCACGCGGGCCGCCUGGUGUUCGGGCGCCUGGGCGGGCAGCCCACCGUGUGCACGCAGGGCCGCCUCCACUCGUACGAGGGUCACCCUCCCUGGAAGGUGGUGUUCCCCGUGCGCGUGUUCCACCUGCUGGGCGUGAGGAUUCUGAUCGUCACGAACGCGGCGGGCGCCAUCAACCCGGACUACUCCGUCGGGGACCUCAUGGUCAUCCGGGACCACGUGGACCUCCCGGGGCUGGCGGGGAACGGGGCGCUGAGAGGGCCCAAUGAGCCCCAGUGA